GUCAAUCCGGUCUGACAAGGGUUCAAAGGUCAACUCGACAGCGAAGCUGGUAUAUUUUUAUUACGCAUCGUGUGUGCAAUAAAAUUGUUGUUGAAGCUUAUAAACAUGUCUGUAGACAGAUAACAGUGUGUGAUAUACAUCAGAUGGCGGCAAGAAGUCAAAGACAAUUUCUAUGUGGAGUGGUUGAAGGCUUCUAUGGACGACCAUGGAGCCAUGAGCAGAGGUGUGAUCUAUUCACUCAUAUGUCGGUGUGGGGACUCAACGUGUACCUGUACGCCCCUAAAGACGAUGACAAGCAUCGUGCAUACUGGCGUGACCUUUACACCCUGGAGGAGGCCAACACUCUCUCCCUGCUCAUCCAGGAGUGCAGGGACAGAGGGGUACUGUUUAUAUACGCCAUUGCCCCGGGACUCGAUAUCACCUUCUCUAGUUGUGAAGACGUCACAUUACUCAAGAGAAAACUGGAUCAGGUGGCUGCUCUAGGCUGCAAAUCGUUUUCCAUGCUAUUUGAUGACAUAGAGUCUGACAUGUGUCCUGCCGAUGAGAAAGUGUUCCCCUCCUUUGCUCAUGCUCAAGUGACCAUCACUAACGACAUGUACACACACCUGGAACGCCCUGAGGCAUUCCUAUUCUGUCCAACAGAAUAUUGUGCCUCCCGGGCACUACCCACCGUGGCAGACUCCCAGUAUCUGCUACACAUUGGAGCCGAGCUGCAUCCUGACAUUGAUAUCAUGUGGACAGGUCCUAAGGUCAUAUCGAAGGUCAUAUCAGUCGAGUCCAUUGAAGAAUUGUCGGCAGUCAUUAAACGCCCACCUGUCAUCUGGGACAAUAUCCACGCCAACGACUACGAUCAACGCCGAUUAUUCCUCGGUCCAUACGACGGACGAUCCGUAGGUCUACUACAAAAACUUCGCGGUGUAGUAACGAACCCAAACUGUGAAUACGGUGCCAACUAUGUGGCCAUACACACCCUAGCCCAGUGGAGCAAGUGCUCCAAUACUCUCAACAAAAGAGCCUCCCCAACAAGACAAGCCAUGCUGCUCGAGAUGGAAGAAUCACCGGACCUAACCUCGCUGGAUAUUUCAAGUGAUAUAAAAUCUAAGGAAUGCGCACGUAGUGGGAACGGCGAUUCAUUUUACGACCCCAAAUUGGCACUGGUAGCUUCUCUCAAGGAUUGGUUCGCAGAGUUCAAAAUCCCACGACGCAAACCAGAACACUAUAAACCCGUGAAAGAUGCCGAGUCCAUAGCCAAGGCAAUAGAUGCUGAACAAAUGGGCUGCUCUGAUCAGGAAGAAAUAGGCAGUAGUGCAAUGGGUGUGCCCUCACCACCUAGAGUGGAGGGUGCUAUUGAAGAGGCUUCUAUAUCAGAGCAAUUCACAUUCAAAGAUCUCUGUCUAAUGGUAGACUAUUUUUUCCUUCCCCACCAGCACGGGGAACAGGCCUUGCACGUUUUGAAGGAGUUUUGCUGGCUUAAAGAGAAUGCGCCCGGGUAUAGUUUGCUGCAGAGCUACGAGAAGUUGAAGGGGUGUGAACCAGUGGACUGCGUGGGUGGAGUGGGCGGUGGUGUGAGGAGUGUGGAGAGAAUGGAGCCGGACGAUGGACUGCAGAGUGACGGUGAAACAUGCGACUCUCCUCUGGAGGAAGGGAUGAACUUAGUCGAUGUCUCCCGCUGGUGUGAAAGAGCUAAGAAGUUUCAUACUGUAUGUGCGUGCGUCAGUGACAUGUAUGCUCACCUGACCACCAUCCCCAACCGCCCACUCCUCUAUGACCUCUACCAGUACAGCUGGGAUGCCAAGGAGACCACAAUGCUCCUGGACUCCUAUGUGGCCUGGUUGGAGGCUGGUGGGAGUGAUGUCAACCCAGACCAUGAGCCCCAUGUUCCUAGGGGCGGGAUCACAGCUGAAAUGCAGCGGCUACUUCCUCAAGUUCGAGGCUCUAAGAAGCUUUAUGGGCGUGGUCACACUCCUCCCGAGCCCCCCUCCCCUGUGAUAUACACCAUACGCCCGUAUCGUCUUGACGACAAGGCCCUCGUCUAUCAGACCUGCCUGGAGACGGGAAACAGUGGGCGGGAUGCAACAGGGGACUUCCCCAACUUCCCUAACAUGCUGGGAGACAGGUUUGUUGGUCCAUACCUCACCCUCAGCCCUGACCUCUGCUUUGUUCUGGAGGAUGCCCUGGGUGUGUGCGGCUACAUGUUGGCCACGCUAGACUCUCAGGCUUUCUACAAGGCGUACCUGGAGGAGUGGCUACCACUCGUCACCAACGACUACCCAGUUCCCCCUCUGGAGGUCAGAGAGAAGGGACCCCACCCGGAGGAGGAGUUGCUCGAGGAUUUGUUCCGGCCUAGCUUCUUCCUCCCGCCUCGUCUCCAGCGUGACUACCCCUCUCACAUGCACAUCGACCUCAUGAAGAGGGCUCAGGGACAAGGAGUGGGCACACGCAUGCUCAAGACACUCCUCGCCACUCUCAAGGCUAAAGGGUCUCAUGGCGUACAUCUGGAAAUGAAUGCCCAAAACGAACGUGCAAAGAAAUUCUAUAAGAAGAUCGGUUUCAAGGUACUCAGAUUGGAUGCCGAUGCAUCUGGUAAAGGAUCACCACCCGAAGAUGUGCUUAUCUUAGGACGACUAUUGUGAACUAUGUAGAACAAUCAAUAUUCUAAUUUAUGUAUUCCUAAAAUUUUUUAAUUUUAUUGUACAUGCAUCUAGGGUUAUUAUAUAAUUAUCAAUUUUCUACAAA